AUGAUGUCAACAGAAUCUCCAACACAAAAUCAGCAAACAGCAGCAUACGACGAGCGUGUUUUUAACGAACGUAUUCGUCAAUUAUUUAAUUCGAUCGAUUCAUCUUCCAUAUCUCAUAAUCCAAUAUCAACACAUGGUGAUAUUGGUCAAAUGACAUCUAUUGUUGAUGCACUUUUUCCUGAGCAAGCUUCAAUAAAUCAACAACGGCAUGCAUCAACAAACGAUCUUACAACCGCUUUCGAUCGAUUACCAUUAUGGAGUACUAAUACCAAUAAUAAACCGAAUAGUUCAGCAUCAGCUUUUUGUGGUGGUUCAACAAAUGGUUCAUCAGCAUUUGCUUACCGACGACAAGCAAAAUUACAUAGUUCAUCACGUUCAUUACGCAAUGCUAAUUACCAUUGUCAACAACAGCCACAGCAGCAGCAGCAACAACAACAUCACUAUCGACCACCACCACUUACUCGCCCUCGUUUUACUUCAUCGACAAUACGUUUGCCAUCAGCAGCAGCAACAACAACAACAACAACAACAACAGCUUUACCUAAUCCUAGUACCAAUGGUCUUCAACGAUCUUCAUCAUCAUUGUCGACUAACAAUGGUACAACUGAUUAUCAACCUCGUUUUGCUAGUCGCCUUUCAAGUACUCGAUUACCUACGUUGGCAACACCCGUAGGAUCUCAUGAUCAAAUAGCAGGCAAUAGUAUUACAAUAGAUCCAAUAGCUCCACCAUCGGCAGCGUCUACUGUUGGUGUCAUGAGUCAACCAUCAUCGGCUUCUGCUGUACUUGCUCGCAGUACUUCAUCGGCAAAUGGUCAAGCUCAACAAUUCGUUACUAUGACACAAACAACGACAACAACAUUUUGCUAUGUACCUGCUUCUGGUUCGCUUGCUUAUAACAAUAUAUCAGGUGCAAAUCGCAAUGCAACUGUUUCGCACCAUUAA